GCCGAGUUUCUAUAUACGUAAACGAGAGCUGCGGCCGCACACAUGUGCACUCAGACGCACACACGCGCAGAGUUCGACAUCGGGCUCGGUUGCACACACAGGCCAUAAUAUUUCGCGCAAACGCCGUCGUGCGGAGAUGCUCGCGCGCAUGUCAUACAUGUAGGCCCCAUACAGCCACUGACGCUAUACUUACACAUUCGCACGGCUGCACGCACGUACGUAGCACAGACAGACGGACGGACACACCGACGAGCGAUCGGAGCGGAGACACAACAGGGAGCUCGGCUCACCGCGAGCCACUGCCUCGAUAGCACCUCGAGUAUCUGCUGUACGAGCGAACCUAUCGCACACAUCGCAGUGUCUGUAAACCCAAGAAGCAAACGUUUAUUUUGACAGAGCCGACGACCACCGAUCGCACAACAAAUUUGUAGGACAUUGGGCGUAUUAUUGAAUCAGAAAUGACAGCCAGCACGAUGGAAGCGAGCCAACUGCCCCAGGUGGAGGUGGUGCAUCGGGUCCUCGAGCUGCCGAUGGUCGGUAUCGCCUGCAACGCCUGGCUAUCGACCUACUCGCGCGUCAAGGACUCCAAUCAGCUGAUCCACUGGACCCUGUCGAUGGCCGAGUCGUCUCUGACGAGCGCGACCAAGACCGCCGCGCCCUACGCCAAGAAAUUGGAGACGCCCAUCAAUUUCGUCGAUCGCAAUCUGUGCCGUGGCCUGGACAGCAUCGAGCGGAACAUACCCAUUGUCAAGGAGACACCUGACAUGAUUCUCGAGAACGCCUACAUGACGGCCCUGGCGAAGAUCCGGCCGGCCGUGUCGAGGAUCAACUACGCCAACGAGUACCUGGCCUCGCGCACCGCCAGCAUCCGCGACGUCAGCUGGAACAAGAUGAACGAGCUGCUGGGCAGCCAGUACGGCACGGUGGCCGUCAGCGGACUCGACAACACGGCCUUCGCCCUGGAGAUGCUCGUCGACAAGUACUUCCCGGCCGUGGAGGCCGUCGAGGAAAAGUUCCCGGCAACUGUGUCGGCCGAGGAGGACAGACUGCUGCACACGCUGCAAACGGUAGGCCGACUGUCGAACAAAACGGCGCGUCGGGUCUACGCGAACGUCGUGUACCGUCUGCGCACCCUCAGCAAGGACAACCUGCGCAGCUUCCUCUCGAGCCUCGUGGACUUUCUUAGGCUGGCCAAUUACGUGCAGGCCAUCGACGCGACGAAGCACCAGGUCACAACGGCAAAGGAGGCGACGACGACGACGACGACAACAGGUGCGACGAGCCCAGUCGGCAACGGCCGAGUCGAGGAGUCUAAGAGCGAAUCGGCACCGGUACCAGCAGCAGCAGCAGCAGCGCCACAGAAGUCCGCCAACGGCAAGCAGAAACGGCAACAGCGCGACGGCGACGAGAAGCAGCAGCAGCAGCAACAGCAGCAGUAGACGAGUAGCGGGAGCCUGGCGGAGACGGAGCUCGAGGCCGAGCGCCACCCUCCUGGCCACCUGGCUGACCUUCUUCUGUCUGCUGGACGUCGGCCUGAUACUGUUCGUGGCCCUGCACCUGGUGCCACCGCGAAUCGCGAGUCCCCGGACGAUCGCUGGACGCGAGCGCUGGACCCACCUCAAGUGGCGCUCGAUCAGGCCCAAGGACCACUACAAGCUCGUCAGGCAUCAGGGCUUGUGACCGCUUUACAGACCCCCUGCCAUCUUCUUUCAAUUUAUAGUACCAAUAAAAACAGCUAAAUAUAAUAACGCAUGAACUCGAAAUUGACUUAUGACAUAUAUCAUGCAAUCGUUGAAAACAUAUUUUGACGUUUUUCGAAAACGAUUCGUCCUUCAAGACUCUAAUAAUUUAAAAUAACUAUUUUAAUAUAUAAGAUAUCAUUUUUAUACUCGAUGAUGUAUAUGUUGAAUAUUGUACGAAACAUGUGACAGAAUUUUGUGAAUAAAAAAGACAUUUUUUGUAAAAAUA